AUGAUGCUACAGAAUAUACUAUCGAGACAGAUACGGAUACCUUUACGUACAAAUACAUUCAUACCAAGAUUAUUUUCCACCAAUAUUCCAAAAUUCAAUAAUAGUACCAAUUCCAAUUUUAACAACUUCUCUAAAACUCCAAAGACUAGUAGAAAUACAACUUCACAAAGCUUUAGAAAAGCUAAAAGAAAUGCACAGAAUAAGUACAAGUAUAAUAAUGAUUCAUCAAAGAGAUCAAACUUUAUAGAAGAAUUGAAAAAUCAACAAACUAUUCAACCAUGUACUACAUUUACCACUUCAGAAUCUUAUGAUUUUGAUAAAAUGUUGAAAUCUUUCAAUAAUGGAAUACAAUUAUCAGUUAUCGUACCUAAUGAAAUCUUGUAUUUCAAAUUUGAGAAAACUCAUGAUGUAUUCAUAUUGAUUGAUGGUUCAGUUGUUGUUUGGGGGAUGGAUGAAUCAAAUGUUGAAAAAAAAAUUUUACCAUUAUUUAAAAAAUUUGAAAAAUCAAGUUAUGAAAAUCCAGAAUCUGAAGAUAUGGAUUAUAUUGAAACAAAAGAUCUUCAUGAUGAACAAAAUUCUUAUCUUGAAGAAGAUAUCAUUGUUAUAAAUUCCUUAGAUAAAGAUCAAGAUUUAUUAGAUAAAGCUGCUUUCUCAUCAGGUCUUUCAAGAUCAACAAGAUUAGCAAUUUUAGAAAAUUCAUUAGAAAGACAUAUUUUACAAACUAGAAAAAUGUCUGAACAUUUAUCUAUUGGUAAAAAAUUAACUGUAACUGAAAAAGAAUUACUUAGAUCAACUGGUCGAUUAUUUUUAUUAAGAGGUAAAUUAAAUUUAUAUUCAGAAUUAAUUGGAAUUCCAGAUUUAUAUUGGAGUGAACCAAAUUUAGAAAAAAUUUAUAGACAAAUUUCAAAUAAUCUUGAUAUAUCACAAAGAAUUUCAAUAUUAAACAAGAAAUUAGAUUAUGCAACUGAAGAAUCAAGAGCUUUAAUGAGUACAUUAAAUGAAGAAAAAUCAACAAGAUUAGAAUGGAUUAUUAUUUAUUUGAUCAUGAUUGAAGUUUGUUUUGAAAUUUUCCAUUUUUAUGAAAGAUAUAGUGAUUAUAAAGAGAAAUAA